AUGGAGGAGCACAAGGCGGCGCGUGGGUGGUUGCAAGGAAGGUGGGGGCCAAAUGCAUCAAUCAACUUUUUAAACGUUGAAGGCUCUGAUUUCAUUGGGAGUGAGACUUCUCAAUGCGACAUUGCGCAGUUGUCGAGUGAGGGACGGAGGUAUACACACUCAUGUUUAUCCAGUGUAUUUGAGAAUUUUCAUCUUAUAAAAGCUGUAAAUUGUGAGAGAUCACAGGAUGAAUUUGUUCUUAUUGUUGCAGAUAGUUUAUGGAAAAUGGAACCUGAAUAUGGGAGAGUGGAGGGUGUGAUCAGAACUCUUACAGGUUACUGUGGAGUUUGUGAAGGAAGAACAGGUCAUACCAAAGCCGUCAAAGUGAUAUAUGACAAAACAAAAGUCACGUUCCAAUCUCUUUGUGAUCAUUUCUGGGAAAUUCAUGAUCCUACUAAAAAGGACUGCCUUAAUGUUGGUGUAGAUACCCACAAGAGAUCUGCAAUAUUCUACAAAAAUGAAUCAGAGAGGGAGCAAGCACGAGAAUCAAAGGUGAGGAAGCAGAUGAGGCUUAACAAGAGGAUUGUGACCCAAAUUUUAGAAUUAGAUUCAGAGUUCUUCGAGGCAGUGGAUCAGCAUCAGAAGGUUUAUCUUCAGAAGCACUUCACAAUCUGUGCACAUUUAGGUUUAUGA